CACUUAAGGGUCUGCUCUAUGCAGGAAGUGCUUCAGUGAUUCAUAUUCGUUUUACAGCAGAAGCUGCGGCUUUUUUUCUUCCACGUCCUUCCUAGCACGUAAGAUGGAACCGAGAACAGUACUCAGCGUUUUGACGCUUCUAGUCUUAGUAACAUUUCCUGCUGUGGAAUGCGCAAAAGGAAAAAGAGGACCAAAACUAACAGCUAAGGUGUUCUUUGACAUCCAGGUGGGAGAGUACGAGGUUGGCAGAAUAGUUAUUGGGCUGUUUGGGGAAGUUGUGCCAAAGACAGUGAACAACUUUAUUACCCUUGCAACUGGUGAGAAAGGAUACGGCUACAAAGGAAGUAAAUUUCAUCGGGUGAUCAAGGACUUCAUGAUCCAAGGAGGAGAUUUUACUGCUGGAGAUGGAACUGGAGGCAUGAGCAUCUAUGGAGUGACAUUUCCAGAUGAGAACUUCAAGCUGAAGCACUUGGGAGCAGGGUGGGUCAGCAUGGCCAAUGCAGGCCCAGAUACCAAUGGUUCCCAGUUCUUCAUCACCUCAGCAAAAGCACCCUGGUUGGAUGGCAAGCACGUUGUGUUUGGGAAGGUCCUUGAAGGAAUGUCUGUGAUUCACACAAUAGAACUUCAAGACACAAACGAUAGAAAUCAACCCCUCCAGGACUGUGUGAUUUUUAACAGUGGUAAGAUAGACGUGAAAGAACCAUUUGUGAUAGAAUUGGAAGGCUGGUAAAAAGUAAUAAUAGUAAUAAUAAUAAUAAUAAUAAUAAUAAUAAUAAUAAUAACAACAACAACAACGUGUGGAAUUCUGCAUGAUCAAAAGUAUAGCUUCACAAACCAGUAAUAUGUUAAGAUGUAUCAAUAUGUUCAGGACAUUGGUCAAGUUAAAUAAUGUAUUGAUCAUACAACUUAGAUAAAAGGGCUCACAUAUCUGACACUGAAUCCAGUGCUCUUGGUCUGGUACAGGUAUUUUGUUGUGCGACUCAGUUCUCCUCAGUAUUUUAUGCAAUAACACUGCAAUAAAUAAAUGUUGCACUGUUUGUUCUUUCUACACUAGCCAGGUAUAUUAACCUAGUGACUAACCUGUUCAGUAGUAAUAACUUCAAUAAAAGGCAAUAACUCAAAGUGACUGAUUUGGUGUGGAACUGUGGUAGCAUGGAUAGAAUUAUGAAUAUUGUAUUUAAUAUAAAAUACUUAAAACUACUAAAUUCUACCAGGAAAACCAGUGCAAUAUUUUCAGGUGUGUUUGAUCAAGUAAACAGGAAUUAUUAUUUUCUGGAUAUCAGGCUACAUGGUGGCAUCAAUACCCUCAGCCGUGAUUUUAUUUAUUUUUUUAACAGAGGUGAGUAAAUUAGCAAAAGCUUUUGUUAACACUAAUCUUGUGUAAUAAAAAUAACAUGCACCUGUAUGUAAAACUAAUGUAGAGUUUAUAUAUGCUGUUACAUAAUUGUAUUAAGUACCCCCUGAAAUUGUUGAGUAAAAGUGUUGAUGGUG